AUAUAUACACCCCUGGGAUGAUUUCUUCUCACUGCCACUGGCCACUGCUGCCCUCCUCCUGGACUUUCCGUCUCGUCGUAGAUUGUGAAGAACAGAAACCGUAAACAUGUCUGAAAAAAAGAUGACUUCAAGCCGCAGGCAUCAUCUGAAGAGUUUGAUGCUGCAGAUCGCGGUGAACUGGAUUGAAAAGGAGAAACAGGAAAUUGCAGCCUCUAAGCAGACCUACAUGGCAGAGAAUUGCCCCCCUCCUGCGCUGAGUGGAGACCAGGCAACUCUCAUGGAAACCUGCAAAAAGUUGCACGCCCUCAUCGACAAACUUGAUGAAGAGAGGUACGACCUGGAGAUCAAAGUGGGCAAGGCUGAUAAAGAGAUUGAUGACCUGAAAAUCAAAGUGGUCGACCUGGCUGGAGUGAAGAAGCCCGCUCUGAAGAAAGUGCGCAUGUCUGCCGAUGCCAUGCUGAAAGCUCUGCUGGGCUCCAAACACACAGUUAACCUGGACCUCAGGGCCAACCUGAAGCAGGUCAAGAAGGAGGUGAAAGAGGAGCCUGCAGAGGCGGUGGGCGACUGGCGUAAGAACAUUGAGGACAAGGCUGACAGGAAGAAGAUGUUCGAGGCCUCCUAAAGAACUGCUCGCUGCUCUUGUAGCUGUUCUGGGAUGUUAGCACUUUUUAUGGAAUUUCUGGCAUUGCUCAUUGAAUUGAAAAACCCCUUUUCUCAUUAAAUUUGUAAGUUUCA